GAUAUUUACAUCGAACAGCUCCGGACACAACUGCAUUUCAUGGAUUAAUUUGUGAUCAACUUGUGGUGAUGGAGAAAACCUUAAGAAGCACGUUUCGGUGAUCGGCAGGACACCCAAUACUAACUCCGACAGCCGACCCGAAUUUGCUUCAUAGAAGUAUCUGGAUUCCCAUCUCAAAGUCAUCGAAUCUGUUCUCUAUAUUUUCCCGCUUGACCUAAAAAAAAGAAAAAAGAAUCUGUUCUCUAUACGUGGCAACCUCUCUUCUUCCCCACGAACCCCUGUAUCCCACCUCCCAUUCCUCCGGUUAGAUACAGGAGUCCCUCUAUAAAACUUUAAACUCUGCUUCACUUUUCUCUCAUCUGACCCUAUAGCUCUUUAUAGCAAAACUCCCCUUGUUUAAUUGAUUGCUUCCCAAAAAGAAGCAUUUUUUGUUGUUUUCUGAGAAGGAGGAAAAAAUAAAAUGGGAACAGCCACCUGCAUCGACAUCAUCUUGGCCAUCCUCUUGCCUCCUCUGGGUGUUUUCUUCAAGUAUGAAUGCAAGGCGGAGUUUUGGAUCUGUCUGGUGCUGACCAUUUUGGGGUACAUCCCUGGAAUUCUCUAUGCUCUCUAUGUCCUCACCAAGUGAACAAACCCCUGAGGAGGAGAAGAUGGGCCGGGUAUCCAAUGCCUGGGCCGGCAGUUGCUGAUUUGGUGUCUUCAGAGAUCAUUUCGUACUACUUUCAUUCUGUUUUUUGGAAAAAAUUUCAUUCUCAUUUAGUGGUUGAGGCUGUGACUGGUGGUUUGUUUUGUGAUUAUUGUAUUGUGGGUUUGUGAAUGUAAAUUAAUUAGCUUAUGUUUUUGUCUUGGAAAUAAAGAAAUUUGUUUUCAA